UUCAUCGGAGUCAUUUCUUCUGCCGCAGUUGGCACUGCGAUCUGCAUGAUCUGUAUCGUGUGUCGUUCGUCAAAAUUCUUUUUCGUCCUUUACCAAAUAUAAUUAAUAGGAAAAAAAAUGUCAGCGUGGAGACAGGCAGGAUUAAAUUAUAUCAACUACUCUCAGAUCGCAGCUAGGUUAGUCAGGCAAGCCUUGAAAGCAGACUUGAGGGCAGAGGCUGCCAAACGCGACGAAGUUAAUGUGAAAUUUACUCAAUGGAAAGAUGGAAAAGCCGUCACUGAAAAAAUGUGAUCGUAAUGAUCAAAAAUGGCUAGAUGACAAUAUCACAGACGGAUGCAGAAUUCAUCCAAUAUACAUUUAUAGCCAUAAGUAUGUACGAGGAUCUCUGUCUCUAUAAAUAAAAACAUUCUUCGUACU